UGGGGCGGAGAUGGCGGUGCGCGGGCUGUGGCGGGCGGCGCUGCUCCGGGGCCGGGCGGCGGUGGUGACGGGCGGCGGGAGCGGCAUCGGUGCCGCCGUGGCCGCCGAGCUGCUGGCGUCAGAAUGUAAUGUGGUGAUUGCGUCUCGUAACAUCGAGCGACUGAGAGAAGCAGCUGAGCAGCUUUCAGCGGCGCCGGCAGAGUCCAAUCCCGCGAAGGUGACGCCGAUCCAGUGUAACAUCCGUAAGGAGGACGAAGUGCGGAGUUUGAUGCAGAAGGUCAUGGAGUUACACGGCCGGAUUGAUUACCUGGUCAAUAAUGGAGGGGGUCAGUUCAUCAGUCCCGCCGAACACAUCACCACCAAAGGCUGGAAUGCUGUGAUCGACACCAAUCUGACAGGAACAUUCCUCUGUUCCCGGGAAGUGUAUCGGUCCUGGAUGAAGGAGAACGGUGGGGCCAUCGUCAACAUCGUGGCAGACAUGUGGAAAGGAUUCCCAGGAAUGGCACACACAGGAGCUGCAAGAGCAGCUGUGGAAAAUCUCACCAAGAGUCUGGCCAUCGAGUGGGCUGACAGUGGAGUGCGGGUGAACUCUGUGGCUCCGGGAGUUAUUUUUUCAGAAUCGGCUGUGGCCAACUACAAGGAGCUGGGACCCCAAAUAUUCAAAGACUACGUCUCGAAAAUCCCGGCCAAGAGACUGGGUGUUCCAGAGGAGGUCGCUCACCGUGGUUGCUUCUUGCUUUCACCGGCUGCCUCGUUCAUCAGUGGCGAGACAGUGAAGGUUGAUGCAGGGCAGAGCCUCUACUCGAGCCCCUGGGAAAAUUCCUGGUAAGGACAUGACUUUCUCUCCCU